UUUCCAAAGAAUUUAUUUGGAGAAGUAAUUUUAUCGAGUAGACCCCAUUGGGUUAACUCUGAAAUUACUGAAUCGGUUCAUUUCACUAUUUGAGAGAAAAUUACCCGGUUUUCUCAACACUUUCUUCACCGAAUCAAUCACUGCCGGAGUUGCGUACACAACUAUACAUACAUAAAUGUAUAUUAUUGGACUGUUCCGUUCACAACAUAUUAUACAAGUAGAAAGUUAAGCCAGACCUGGGCCAGCCGGAUAGAUGAAGGGCUGGAAAAUUGGCUGCACAUUCACUAACGUCACGGCGCCUUGCUCCUGCUCCGGCGGUUCCAAACCAAAGAGGUGGUCGACCGCCCACCUCAGCGCAUACAAACUCCCCUCACUCUCAUCUACGGGAACUAACACCUUCAUCCCCUUCUGCUCCUCCACCGCCGCACCACUCGUCUCCGCCAUCCAAUUCUAAAACCACAGAUUAUACUAUUGAAUAGUUUAACCGAUUUUAAUCUCUCCUCGCCGCCACACCUGUCAACCAUGCAGAAGAAACAGAGCCAGCGCCGGCCACGUUAUUUUGCAAUUUGUCGGUUUCUGAAGCAUUAUUACUGUAUUUAUGUAGAGAAAUUGGGUGAAGCGGUGGGCAGAUAACUAAUUAAUGGAUCCAGUACUAAUGAAUGUUUUAGUGGCGGUGGACGACAGCGAUGAGAGCUUUGCGGCGCUCCGUUGGGUGGUUGACAAAAUCCUGAAGCGGAGGGAAGAUUCGACCACGGUCGUCACGAUUGCACACGUCGCGGAGGCGCUGCCCCGCUACGCUUUCCCUGGCGGUCAUGUGGUGGAAUCUGCGAGGAAAGCACAGGAGCAGAAUAGUGCGAGAAUAUUGUCACGUGCAUACGAGAUGUGCAGAGAAAGUUCGUUGAAAGCUAAAACAAUAAUUUUGGAGGGGGAUCCAAAAGAGACAAUUUGCAGGGCAGUGGAAGAGAUGAACAUACAUCUUCUUGUUGUUGGUAGCCGUGGACUAGGCCAAAUCAAGAGGGCUUUUCUGGGGAGUGUGAGCGACUACCUCGCCCAACAUGCUAAAUGUCCGGUUCUCGUAGUGAAGCAACCGCCCAACAAAAUCUAGAAUUUCUACCUGCUUUCUUCUUAGCUUUACUACAAAUAAAUAAAACUGGUUUGGUUGUGGCGGCAGAUGCUAUCUCAAAAUCAGAUUCAUAUAUUUUCUUCAAACGCAAUGAUGUCGGGAAUAAAGGCCCAAAUAAAACACACUACUGACCACUUGCUGAAACCUCAAGCUAUUCCAUAAACAAAUCUUACGAUUGGAAUCACGUAUUUUACAAUCAAAUUCAGAGUAUCCACUUCCAUUCAUCCACCGAUACACCACGGAGAAGUGGUUAAUUACGAUGUUCCUCUUUAAUCUCUCCUUCUCAACUUUUACCUCGGUCCGUUAAA